AUGUACCGGUUCACGAAACAUCUAUCCAUCUUUCGCAACCAGAUUAAGCGAUGGUGUUUGGAUCAUAAGGUUGUUUGGGGGAUUGAUUGGCGAGAACUUUCUACUAAGUUAGCUGCCACUGUGACUCAUAUUUCUACUCAUCCUCAAGGCAAUGACUUCAUGCUCCAACGUCAGCAGGAGUUGGAUACGUCUGCAUUAGCACACUCUUACUGGUCGCAAAGGUCUAAAGACAAAUAUGUUCAGCUGGGGGACCUUCCAACCAAGUUCUUCUACAAUAAGAUGCGACAAAAACAACGAUCAGCAUAUAUCUACCUUUUCGAACUGCAGAUAACCAGUGGACUAGGAUGGUCCUACCAUAGUAAUACUAUUUUACAUCAUUUUAAAACUGCGUAUGGGCCCUCUCAGGGGUCUACUGUCUCUGACCAGGGCCAAGAUGAAGCCAUUGAUUUAGUACUGCGUGACUUAAAUCUACCUCAUCUUUCUCUGUCACAACAACAACAGCUCCUUCGGCCUUUCUCUAAGGCUAAAGUGCAUGAGGCCAUGCUUGGUAUUGGUCAGGGUAAAUCGCCUGGAUUGGACGGGUCCACGGCUGAGUUUUUCAAACUUCACUGGGAUUCCCUCGGGAAUGAGGUGUUCCAAGCUGUCAAUCACUUUUUCACAACAGGUUUCAUACUGCAUGAGUGGAACCAGACGCUGCUUGUUUUGUUGCCUAAAGGACAGAAUCCUGAGGAGAGUGCCUUCAUUCCAGGACGACAUAUGGAUGAUAACAUUUUGAUCAGUCAUGAGUUAACUCAUGUUCUUAAUAAACAUCGAAGUGGUAAUGUUCAUCUAGCGGCUCUCAAAAUUGACAUGAAUAAGGCAUAUGACCGGGUUAAUUGGAGGUUUCUCUUAAAGGUUCUUCAAGCCUAUGGCUUUCCUGGCCAAUGGAUUCAGUUGAUUAGUCAAUGUAUCUCUACAGUGUCAUAUCGCAUCCUCGUUAAUGGACAGGUUACAGAGUCCUUUCCUUCCCAUUGUGGGCUUCACCAGGGUGAUCCACUAUCCCCUUAUCUGUUCUUGCUCUGUAUGGAUAUCUUUUCCCGCAUGAUAUCAUGGCUACGGAUAUUCGACUAUUCGAUGGGUUCGAGCUCACAGCGUAUAACUGCUUGGAAUCAUUCACCUAUUUCGCAAGCUGGGAAAUUGAUGCUCAUCAACCAUGUCCUCAUUGCUUCCAUAGCUCACAUCCUUUCUGUAUUCUUGAUUCCCACAACAAUAGCUAAUAAGUUGGAUGCGAUGCUUGCACGAUUCUUCUGGUCUAAUAGCUCUGGUAAAGGAAUUGCUUGGAAAAGCAAGGAGCUCUUGCAUUUGCAAAAAGGUGCUGGUGGUCUCGGCUUACGUAGUAUUGGCGAUGCACAAUCGUUCUCUUCUGAUGAAGAAAGUUUGGCGUAUUCAUAG